ACCAAAACAUUGGUGUGAACGUCGUUCCUGUUGAAAAAAAUUAAAAAUUAUUCAAAAAGUUCGUGAAAAAUUUGAUUUUAAAAGCUAAAUUUGGUAAAAAAAUAUUUUUAAGUGAGUUUCCUUCCCGAAAUUCAUCCUUCCAACACGAAAUCCAGGAAUCUCCUUCAUUAGAACGAAUACUCACACAACAACAAGAACAAGGCGUGUUGCAUUUUUUACUCCAUGGAUCAAUUACGAGGGUUUUUAGGCGGAGCUGGCGACGCCCUCAUCAAUCAAGCCAAGGAAGCGUUGAAGCAAAAGGCAGCAGAAUUCAUCCAAGAUGCCAUUCAGGAUACCUUCAUUGCGAAACAUGUUGACACGAAGCGCAUUCUUCCCAGCAUCCAGAAUCUCAAUGUGCUAAAUAGUAGCCGUAGUUAUGGUUCGCUUGGCGAACGUGGCAGCGGAACUCGUUCUCGUGCCGAAAUCCAAGAUUUCUAUGCGAUUCGCGAUCAAUGUUUAGCGCAAGGAACAUUAUUUGAAGAUCCUGAAUUCCGUGCUGAUGACGCUUCUCUCACGUAUUCGCGUCGUCCUGAUCGUCGCAUCGAAUGGAAGCGCCCGAUGGAAAUUGCCGACGAUCCACAAUUUUUCGUCGAAGGUUAUUCGCGUUUCGAUGUGCAACAAGGCGAGCUGGGCGAUUGUUGGUUGUUGGCAGCUGCUGCAACUCUCACGCAAGAUCCGAAAUUGUUCUUCCGUGUUGUGCCCGAAGACAAUAGUUUCGAGGAAAAUUACGCCGGAAUCUUCCAUUUCCGCUUUUGGCAGUACGGAAAAUGGGUCGAUGUCGUAAUUGACGAUCGUCUUCCAACGUAUCGCGGGGAAUUGGUUUAUAUGCGGUCCACGGAGCAAAAUGAAUUUUGGAGUGCGUUGCUUGAAAAGGCGUAUGCAAAAUUGCAUGGAUCAUACGAAGCCUUAAAAGGCGGCACUACAUGCGAAGCUCUCGAAGAUUUCACGGGCGGCGUUGCUGAAUUCUACGAACUCAAAGAAGCGCCUCACAAUCUCUUCAACAUUCUCGUAACGGGCUUCGAGCGUAAUUCCAUGAUGGGUUGCAGUAUCGAACCUGAUCCAAAUGUCCUCGAAGCCGAAACUCCCGAAGGCCUAAUUCGCGGGCAUGCAUAUUCCAUCACAAAAGUGCAGUUUGUUGACAUUCAAACCCCAAACACAACGGGAAAAAUCCCCUUGUUGCGUCUCCGAAACCCUUGGGGAAAUGAAGCUGAAUGGAAUGGCGCAUGGAGCGAUCAAUCUCCCGAAUGGCGGUACAUUUCGGAUGACGUCAAAGAGGAAAUCGGGCUCAAUUUCGACGUUGACGGAGAAUUUUGGAUGUCGUACAAGGAUUUUUUGCGAUAUUUUGAUCGUGUUGAGAUUUGUAACUUGAGUCCCGAUUCAUUGAGUGACGAGCAAAUUAGUCACGGCAAGAAAAAAUGGGAAAUGUCGACGUUUGAAGGUGAAUGGGUUUCAGGCGUAUCUGCUGGCGGAUGCAGAAAUUAUCUCGGCACUUUUUAUCACAAUCCGCAAUACGUAAUGACCUUGAACGACCCCGAUGAGGAAGAUGACGACGGAAAAUGCACCGUAAUUGUCGCUUUAAUGCAAAAGAAUCGUCGUUCUCGUAAAAAUAUGGGAUCCGACUGCUUGACAAUUGGUUUCGCUAUUUAUCGCGUAACUGAUCGCGAUUUGGCACAAAAACCGCUUGGCUUGAACUUUUUCAAGUACAAUGCUUCCGUUGCACGUUCCCCAGCAUUUAUCAACUUGCGUGAGGUCAGUUGUCGUUUCAAACUUGAUCCCGGGCAUUAUCUCAUCGUUCCAUCGACCUUCGAGCCGAACGAAGAAGGCGAGUUUCUCAUUCGUGUGUUCUCCGAAUGCGCCAACAACAUGGAGGAAAAUGACGAAGCUGUUGGUUAUGGCGACGAUCAUAAACUUUAUCCAGACUUGCCGGCAAUUCCAAAGCCCGAUCAAGAGCUCGAAAAUCUCUUCCUCAAAGCAGCUGGUUCGAGACAGGAAAUUGGAUGGAUGGAGCUCAAGCAAAUUCUCGACUAUAGCAUGAGGGGCGAUUUCCCAAAAGCUCAGCACGUGAAUGGCGUUUAUGCGGAACAGGCGAGAAAUGUCACGCAAAAUGAGUCUGUAGGCGCUGGAGGGCAACAAGAUCCCAUGCAAGAUAUUGUUGGGUUGUUGUGUGGACUUGUUCAAACUUUCUGUGCGAAUCAAGCGAAUGAACCGACAGGAAGACAAGAGGAACAAUCCCCGUUAAAUACGAGAGAUAAUAUUAAUCAACAAGUUAUUGUCUCUCAACCCGAUGUCGGUUUCUCAAAAGAUUGUUGCCGGUCCAUGGUUGCCAUGAUGGAUGCCGACAUGAGUGGCAAACUUGGGCUCAUUGAAUUCAAACAACUUUGGACCGACGUACAAAAAUGGAAGGAAAUCUUCAAAAUGUAUGACACAACUGGUUCAGGCAAACUCGAAGCAUUUUCACUCCGCACAGCUCUCAACUCGGCAGGAUACCAACUUAACAAUCACAUUGUCAACGCUUUGGGACAUCGUUACGGUUCACGAAUUGACGGAUCGAUAUCUUUCGAUGACUUUAUCAUGUGUGCAGUUAAAUUAAAGACAAUGAUGGAUAUUUUCAAAGAUCGCGACACAGAUCAAACAGGAUCAGCAACAUUCACAUUGGAUGAAUGGAUUACUCGAACGGUCUAUUCGUAAAUUUGUUACCGUCCUUUUGUUGCAAAAAGAAGCGUUUUAAAUUUAUGUUGUGCCUUAUACAUAAAAAAGCUGCCAUGCGAAUCAGCACAAUUGAAUCUCUUCUCAAGACAAAAUAAAUAUACAUACAUGUACCUCUUUAUUGCACAAUUUAUACUCAUGAUAAACAUCACAACUAUAUUUUAAAACGCUUAACGUUGUUAAUUAUAUAAAUUAUUUUUCUAUGUGUUGUGACAAAAUGUAUUAAAAUGAAUCGAAUCUAUUAUACAUGGAAAUGAUUUAAAUAAAAAUUUA